AUGGCACCAUAUCUGGCCACAGAACCGCUACAAGAUGUAACUGAAGCGCUGGAUUCACAAGUACGAAAGGCGCCCGAGCUCGUGGCACCAGAGCCAGAACAUUGUCCCGGUCCCGAAUCACAAAAUGCAGGAAAGGGUGAUGCUUGUGCCGGAUGUCCCAAUCAGCAAAUAUGUGCGAGUGCACCCAAAGGUCCCGACCCGGACAUUCCAAUCAUCACACAACGCCUCGCUGGAGUCAAACACAAGAUCCUCGUCCUAAGUGGCAAAGGUGGUGUCGGCAAGAGCACUUUCACCACGAUGCUUGCCCAUGCAUUUGCGAGUAACCCUGAUAAUAUGGUCGGCAUCAUGGAUACCGACAUCUGCGGGCCGAGCAUUCCCAAGAUGAUGGGUGUUGAGGAAGAGACCAUUCACGUCACGAACUCUGGCUGGGAGCCUGUGUGGGUUAGCGACAACCUUGGUGUGAUGAGCGUACAGUUCAUGCUGCCGAACCGAGAUGAUGCUGUCAUUUGGCGCGGGCCCAAGAAAAAUGGUUUGAUCAAGCAAUUUCUCAAGGACGUGACUUGGGGCGAACUAGACUUUCUCGUGAUUGACACGCCUCCGGGAACAUCAGAUGAACACUUGAGUGUGAACAGCUUCCUGAAAGAAUCGGGGGUGGAUGGUGCAGUACUCGUCACUACACCGCAAGAGGUCAGUCUUCUGGACGUACGAAAAGAGAUCGAUUUCUGCCGCAAAGCCGGGAUUAAUAUCAUUGGUAUUGUGGAGAAUAUGAGCGGUUUCGUCUGCCCGAAGUGUACACAUCAGUCCGACAUUUUCCGUGCAUCCACCGGUGGAGCUCGUGCAUUGGCCAAGGAAGUGAGUAUUCCUUUCUUGGGUGCCGUGCCACUCGACCCGCGAAUCGGAAUGAGCUGUGAUUUUGGAGAAAGCUUUUUCGACAAUUUUGGCGAUUCACCUGCUUGCAAGGCCCUGAAGGACGUCGUCAGAAGUGUGGGCAAGAGCAUCGGCACUAGCAGCAUCCUGCUAGAAGAGUAG